ACACUAGAACUCCCAGGUUUUUCUGACCCCCUCAGCCCUACCAGAGGUAGGCCAAAUGGCCCCUUGGUUUGAAACUAAGAACUCAGUCACCUACAAUUGGCUCCCAUUCAUUUGUAAAUGGGUGGCAUUUGUGGAAUGUGUCACUCCCCAUCCCCCCAUUACCUGAAGAACCCAUUACCUGUGAGGCCUGGCACAUUUGCAUUUUUUGCUCAGAGUAGCUAAAAUUCAAGGCAGGCCAAACCUCUGUGUGUGACAUGGAAACCUUCACAAAAGUCUGCCAUAUCUAUACCAAAUAUCCCACACACUGACUGACCUGCAAAUAUGAAAGACACACAUUCACAAAAUAUAUGGAAGCACAAGUCUGUUUUAUUUAUAAAAAAAAUUGAGUGUUUCAAACUUUGCAGUGUUUGUAUCGUCCCUGCAAUUGGCGCAAAUGAGUUUGUAACACUUUGCAUAGGUAAACCUGCUGCAAUUUCUGUUGCAGUUCUCUUGUACCUGGAAUCUUCUUUUGCCUUCCCACCCUGUACAUGCCUUGUACAGAAUGUAGGAAUUUGCCACCACCAGGUCCAGCAUGUUGUAAAACACAGCUACUGACAAACACCUCAGGACUCUCACCAGAAAAUAAAAAUUCAGUAAAUAUAGUGCUAAAGUAUUUCACGCAUGGCUGUGGUAUGGUUGAUUGUGGGCGGGGCUGUGAACUGGUGACAAGCUAAACUUGGGAAUAAAAGGGAUAGUUUACUACAUGCAUUCACAAUCUUCAAGAACUUACGGGUACGAACAAGCUGCAAAGAUGACAAGAGAUUACACUGCUGCUGAGGCUUUGGCUCUGCUGCAAAACAUGGACUCUUGUGACUCGGAUGGCGGGGAAGUAUCCAUUCAUUUGCAAGAGAGUUCGGACUCUGACAUGUCUUCAGAUGAUGAGAUGUGUUCUGGGUUAGAGAGUAGAACUCCUCUGAAGAAGAAAGGUCGGCUGGAGACACAGCCCACACAGAAAGAUUCCAAGUAUGAGACGGCAAAAGAUGGCACAGUGUGGGUUGAAGAAGAAGUAGGGAGGCCGCUCCCUCACGGCCAACUAGAAGGAUAUAAAUGUGAUGGAGAGCCAACAGAAGAAAUCAGAAGAACCGUCAAAAAUCGCUUGCAGAGCUUCUUGCUUUUGAUGAGUUGGGACAUCCUUCACACUAUAAGAAAAUGUACAGUUGAGCAUGGCCGCAAGAUGGAAGCAGACUGGGACAUGUCUGUAUAUGAACUGAUGGCGUUCAUCUCCAUCCUUCUCUGGAGGGGGGUGAUCAGAAUUCCGUCGCUGGCUGAUGCAUGGUCAGCAACAUUGGGGAUCUCGCAUGUCAAGAGCACAAUGGCUCGAAACCGCUUCCAGGACAUCAUGAGACACCUACGCUUUGAUGAUAAGGACACACGCACUCAACGGGUAGCAACGGACAAGUUUGCAGCGGUCUCAAACGUUUGGCAGAUGUUUGUUACUAACUGCAUCAAGUCUUACAACCCAGGCCAGCACAUCACUGUCGACGAGCAACUUUUUCCAACCAAGUCUCGCUGUCCUUUCCAGCAGUACAUUGCCUCAAAACCCGACAAGUUUGGAAUCAAGUUCUGGGUUGCAUGUGAUUUGAAGUCAAAAUACAUGUGCAACGCUAUCCCAUAUCUUGGCAAGGACCUCAGUCGUCCCUCUGGGGAGAGACUGUCCGAGAAUGUGGUGAUGAAGCUGAUGGAGCCUUUCAUGGACAAGGGAAGAACUGUCACCACUGACAAUUACUUCACUUCAUUGUCACUUGCUGGACGACUGCUCAGCCGGAAAACUACCCUUGUUGGCACCAUAAACAAGAUUCGUCGCGAGCUUCCACAAUCAGCCAAACAAUCUUCGGACCGGAACGAAUUCACCACACAGGUGUUUUCAACAACUGGCACUACACUCACAGUUUAUGCACCCAAGCGGAAGAAGACCGUCUGCAUCCUCAGCACCAUGCACAACAUAGUUGAGAUUGGGGAUAACCGAAAGAGGAAGCCAAACACAGUCACUGACUACAACACCAUGAAGUGUGGCGUGGACAUUAUGGACCAGAAGGUUCGACAGUAUACCGUACGUGCAGGAACACGGCGAUGGCCAGUCGCUGUGUUUUACAACAUGAUUGACAUGGCAGCAAUGAAUGCUCACGUGCUGUAUCAGGCAUGCACCGGAGUGAAGGAGAGAAGGGUGGACUUCCUGGCGCAGCUUGCAACUGAGCUUGCUAAGCGGUUUAUGCAAGAAAGGAUGGUGGACAAGGAGCAGCUGCUUCGGCAACAACCUGCCACACCACACCCAGGGAAAAGGGCCAAGUGUCAGGUGACCUUCCAGUGCAAGAAAAAUCAUGCAACCUUACGCUGUGUAGACUGCUACAAGUACACAUGUGGAAAAUGCAGAAAGGAGACCGAGUGGCAGUGCCAGAUAUGUGCCAACAGAUCACACCAAUGAACUGCUAAAAUACUGGUCACUCACACACACACAUACACAAACACCAGAUGUUGCACAUUUAUGUAAAUGUAUAUUUUUCUAUUAGUGGUAGUAGUUUUUAUAUUGCAUGUUUUUGUUUAAGAAAAUAAACGCUUUGAACUUUGGAA